GUGCAUGUUUGUGUGUAUGUGUGUGUGUGUGUGUGUAGUAAUUUAGUGACUAUCUACAUACUUAACGUUAAUAUAGGGGAUUUUCUUAAUCAACACAUCACACAUUUCAAAUGAGCAAUGGUAAAACUAUUCGAGUAAAAUACCACGUUGAUAGGACAAUGUUCGAUGGAAAAUGGAAAUACCUUAGUAGGAAAUGCAGCUACAAGUAGAUGUCCUAUAUGUUUAAAAACCUCACAUCAGUUCGGAUAUGUAAACGACGUGUUUACAACGUCGAAUCUUUAUUAUUUGGAUUGGGGCUGCUACAUGCCGAAAUAAAAGCGUUCGAACAUUUGCUGCAUUUAUCAUACCGAUUACUUAUCAAAACAUGGGAUGUACGUGCCAACUUGCAAGACACCUUCAUAGCACGAAAGAAGGCAAUACAAAAAGUUCUAUAUGAUAGAUUAAGGUUUAAGGUUGAUUUAUGCUUGCAAGGACAUGGUACUACAAACACUGGAAAUUUGGCGGGAAGGUGCUUUAGUGAGGCUUCAUUGUUUGCUGAAUGUUUAGAGUUAGAUUACACGUUAGUUAAGAACAUCGCACACAUUUUAAUUUGCUUCGCUAUCUGUCCCACAGCUUAUCGCGCAGAAGAUUUUAACGUGCCAAAAAAUUCGGAUUGGUUGGUCAGUUUGCCGUAUCCGGGAAAAAACUCCUCUCUCCAGAUGCUAUAGGUGUUUAGAUUUUGGGCACCAAGCGCGGACCUGCAAAAAUGAGGAUCGCAGCGGUUGCUGCUUUAAAUGCGGGGAGAAAGGCCACAAUGUUAAACAGUGUAGCAAGGAAGCCGCUUGCGUGCUCUGCAAAUCUAGUGGUCAAGCCAAUGAAGCCCAUAUUGCAGGUGGUAAGCAGUGCCCAUUCUAUCAGCGUGCUAAAGUAUGAAGCUUCUACAAUUAAAUCUUAACCACUGUUCAGCUGCUCAGGAGCUACUCUGUCAAACCCUUAUAGAGGAAGACAUUGACAUCGCUAUAUCGCUUAAAAAGAUUUAAAACAAAUAAGAAAGUCUAAGUUCGCCGGAGCCGAACAUUAAAUACCCGGCGCAA